UUCUCUCCGCCCAAAAUCCCCAAACCCUAAUUGUAGGGUUUUACCCCGCGACGCCAUGGACGUGGACAUGGAUACACGGAGAUCCCAAACCCCCGAGGAGACGGCCGACACCUUCGAAGACCUCGCCGGCGCCGACGACGACGACCUCGGCUCCGCCGUCCUCGUCCGCCACCAGAGCUCCCCGCGCGAGGACCACCAGCAUCUCUGCGCCGCCGUGGGCGCCAUGGCCCAAACCCUAAAGGACCAGAGGAUCCCCCUCACCCCCGUCGCCUACUUCGGCGCCACCGCCGCCUCCCUCGACCGCCUCUCCCGCGACCCCUCCGCCGCCGCCGCCUCGGAUCCCGUCACCACCGCCCUCCUCACCUUCCUCUCCUCCGUGCUCCCCAGGGUCUCCGCUGCUGUGUUGAGGAGCAAGGGGCCCUCGGUUGCCGAAUCCGUGGUCCGGAUUUUAGGGUUCCGGUCGCUGCCGGAUGGCGGCGUGAAGAGUGGAUUGAAGUGCAUUGCUCAUUUGAUCGCGUUUGGGGAUAAGUCGAAUUGGUCGAGGUUAUCCCCUUAUUAUGGAGUACUUCUUGGCUUCGUGACGGAUCACCGGCCGAAGGUGAGAAAGCAGAGUCAUGCAUCUCUGCGGGAUGUUCUUCAGAGUUUCCAAAAGUCAGCAGUUUUGGUACCAGCAAGUGAAGUGAUCACUGAAACUUUUGAGCGAUUUCUUUUACUUGCUGGUGGGUCAAGUUCUUCAAAAACAGCUGCAUCAGAAGAAGGGCCUAGGGGGGCUUUGGAAAUCUUGCAUAUUCUGAAUGCCCUCAAGGAUUGCCUUCCUCUUAUGGCGACAAAAUCAGUCAACAUGAUCUUGGGAUACUUUAAACGGCUGUUGGAGUUGCAUCAGCCCAUUGUGACAAAAAGCAUAUUGGAGAUUUUGCAGUCUCUUUGUAACUAUCCAACAUCAGAGGGUAAUCCUGAAUUGCUGUUAGAUCUAUUAUGCUCUUUGGCAGUAUCUGCCUCUGAGGAAAAUUCGGCAGAUGAGAUGGCAUCAAUAGCACGUUUGUUGCAUGUCGGUAUGAAAAAAGUUUACUACCUGAACAAGCAAAUAUGCACUUUGAAGCUCCCAGUUAUAUUCACCGCUCUUGGAGACAUAUUGGCAAGUGGGCAUGAGGAAGCUGUGUUUGCUGCUAUGGAGGCUUUGAAGGGUCUGAUGCAUUCUUGCAUUGACAAAAGCUUGGUUGAGCAUGGAAUUAGCCAAAUCAAGGCUAGACUACAAGGGUUAAGGGCUGCACCCACCGUUAUUGAAAAGAUUUGUGCUAUCCUUGAAAGCUUCCUCGGUUUUCAGUAUAAUGAUGUUUGGGACUUAUCAUUUCAUGUUCUUUCCUCAGGGUUUGAUAUUCUAGGAGAAGCUUCAUGCUAUCUAAUGGCCAAUGCACUGAAGAGCCUUGCAGAUAUAGAAAAAUUACCCGAUGAAGAUUUUCCUUACAGAAAGCAGCUUCAUGAAUGUAUUGGGUCAGCCAUUGGUGCUAUGGGACCUAAGGAAUUUUUAAAUGUUUUACAUGUACAAAAUAUAUCGGACGCCAAUGUAUGGAUUCUACCUUUACUAAAGCAAUAUACUGUUGGUGCCAGUUUAAGCUUUUUCGUGAAAGAGAUUUUAAAAAUGAUUAGCUGCAUUCAGGAGAACAUUCCUAAGCUUGUUGAGGAGGAUAAACUCUUCUCAGCUAAGAGGGCAGAAGGUUACAUAUAUUCACUGUGGUCCUUAUUGCCUUCUUUCUGCAACUAUGCUUGUGAUACUGCAAGUAGCUUUGGAGAUCUUCAAAAUGUAUUAUGUGAUACACUCCGUAAUGAGCCCAGCUUGCAUGGGGUAGUGUGCUCCAGUCUUCAGAUUCUAAUUCAACAGAACAAGGGCAUACUCUCUGAAACAAAGCAAAAGGACACAGAGCCUGAGGAUGAAUUAAGCAAGCAUGUGAGUAGAGCUAAGUCCUACUAUACCAAAGAGUUGGCAGAGGGAAAUUUAAAAGCCAUACGAGCUUCUUCUUCAAAGUUUUUGAAAGUCUUAUACUCUAUAUUCUUGGAAACUUCAAAAGACAAUGGUGGAAGCUUGCAGUCCACCAUCAAUGAGAUUGCUUCGAUAGCAGACAACAAGGUAAUCAAGAAAUUCUUCGUGGAUACCAUGAAAGAACUAUUGGAGGCGACUCAGGAAGCAAUAAAGUCAAAGCAGAUUGAUGAUUCCAGUUCAAAGCAGAUUGAUGAUUCCAGUUCAAUGCAAAUUGACGCUUUGUCCAGCUCGAAAAUUAUGAGGAGGGCCCUCUUAUUGGACUUUGCAGUUUCGCUUCUGCCUGGGCUGGGUGUAAAGGAGAUUGAUUUAUUAUUCAGUGCUAUUAAACCAGCAAUUGAGGACGAAGGUUUAAUUCAGAAAAAAGCAUACAAAAUUCUUUCAGUUAUACUCAAGGAUUCUGAUCAAUUCGUCAAAAGGAACUUGGAUGUGCUUCUCGACUUGAUGAUUAAAUCACUUACAUCUUGUCAAUUUCCAUCAAAACGUUAUCGACUUCAAUGUUUAUAUUACUUAAUUGUGUAUAUUUCAAAGGAUUCAUUCGAACAAAGGAAGAGGGACAUUGUUAGCUCCUUUCUCACAGAAAUAUUGCUAGCUUUAAAGGAGGCCAAUAAGAAAACAAGAAAUAGAGCUUAUGAUUUGCUUGUCGAAAUUGGUCAUGCUUGUGAAAAUGGAAACAAUGGCGGAAGCAGACAAAAAUUGCAACAACUUUUUAGUAUGGUUGCUGGAGGUCUUGCCGGCGAAACCCCUCAUAUGAUUAGUGCUGCAAUAAAAGGGUUAGCUCGCUUGACCUAUGAGUUUUCAGAUCUCAUUGGUUUAGCUUACAACUUACUUCCAUCAGCAUUUCUCCUCCUGCAAAGGAAGAACCGUGAAAUUGUAAAAGCUAAUUUAGGUUUUAUAAAAGUUCUGGUGGCCAAAUCCAAAGCUGAAGGGUUGCAAGAGCACCUAAGGGACAUGGUCGAGGGAUUGUUCAAGUGGCAAGAUGAUACGAAGAAUCACUUUAAAGCCAAGAUCAAGUUACUUCUUGAACUGCUGAUAAGGAAAUGUGGUUUGGAUGCUGUGAAAGCGGUUAUGCCUGAAGAACAUAUGAAACUGCUAACCAACAUAAGGAAGAUUAAGGACCGAAAAGAACGGAAGACCAAAUCUUCAGACGAUGGAGAGUCACUUACAGCAAGAACAAGUAUCUCAAGGCAGAGUAGAUGGAAUCAUACUCGUAUUUUCUCUGAUUUUGGAGAUGAAGAUGGGAGCGACGAAGGUGAUGCUGAACUUGGGAUGGCCAAAUCCGUUAAUUCUUCUUAUCGGGGUUCAAAAGCUUUUUCAUCUAGGUCUACGCGAAAGCGUAAGACAGCAAAAAGCUUAGCUGAAGAGUUGAUCGACCAAUCUGAUGGUGAUCCACUAGACUUGCUAGACCCUAAAACAAUGAGAACAGCGCUCCAAUCCUCGUCACAUACCAAAAGGAAUAGAUCAUCUCUUGAUGAGCCAGAGAUAGACCCCGAGGGCCGUCUAAUUGUGCGUGAGGAAGGCAGCAGACCUAGAAAGGAAAAGAGCUUCUCUUCUGAUCAGGACUUGGAUACAAAAAGCUUCUUGGGAAGCCGUUCUCUCGUGAGCACUUCAACAAGAGGACAGAAGCGUAGGAAAACAGCUGAAUCUGGGUGGUCGUACACGGGCAAAGAGUAUACCAGUAAGAGAGCCAGCGGGGACCUAAAGAAGAAGGAUAAGUUAGAGCCUUACGCUUAUUGGCCGCUUGAUCGGAAACUGCUUAACCGCCGGGCGGAGCGAAAAGCAUCUGCUCGGAAGGGCAUGGCGAGCGUUAUGAAGAAGUUCACGAAGAAGCUUGAAGGGACAAGUGCUACUGGUGCACUUUCCGUCAAGGAGAUGAAGGUAAGAAAGAAAGUAAAGGGAAGCAACAAAAGAAAGUAAGAUAUUGUUAAUUAUAUUUAAUGAUCUGAGAUGUACUGCAUCAAUGGUCAUCAUUUUUGUUUGGUUUAAAGUAUGGAGGAAAAGUUGCAUAUUGUGCGCGAGACUUUUCCUGGUUUUGAGGAUGUAUAGUCGCCGAAAGAGUGCAAACCGAAGCAAGUUGGAUGAAGACGGUGACUGUUAUUACCGGCUCGAAUUCGUAUUUGUAAUUGUAUGAUGAUUUUCUUUUUUGCCCCUAAACUUCUAUGGUGCCAAUAAUUUUUUGAUUUGUUGUAGAAUGUUCAGCUUUAAUUGUCUAUUUGGUGUUUUUUUUUUUUUUUUUUUUCCGUUUCGCCUGCGGUAGCGGGGGGAAAUGCAUAGGAUAUUUUCUCCUAUAGAAACUAUUCAGGUCGUAUAUGGAUAUGCAUAUGGAUAUGAUUUUAGAGAUUAAAAUUCAUUCGGAUAUUGAUAUGGAUUUGGAUU